AUGUUCAGGACUUCUCGAUCACGUAUUAUUGCUCAAAAUAAGGUUGUCAGUUGUAAAUUGAGUUCAAUGUGUGUUCCUCUACGUGCUUCUUUCUUAAUUCAUCGACGUAAGAUGAAGAUCCCAACUGGCAGAUUUUUCUCCUCUACUCCUAAUUCUGAAAAAUCGGAUCCUAGUAAAGGGAAGUAUAGGGGUACGAUCUUAACGCUAUUGGGUGCUUUAGCAAUAGGUUCAACAUUAUUUUCCAUUGGAUACCAGAGAAGCUCUCCGAAAGAAUUGCUCGAGGAUAACGAACAUACUGGUGAUAGCCCAGGUAAUCUGGCGCAAGAUGUCUCUGUGAUUUUCGUUUUGGGUGGACCAGGUGCUGGAAAGGGUACUCAGUGUGCAAGAUUAGUUGAGAAACUGGGAUUUGUCCAUGUGGGUGCAGGCGAUCUCUUGAGAGAUGAACAAAACAGACCUGGGUCGCAAUACGGCGAUUUGAUCAAAGACUAUAUCAAGGAAGGUUUGAUAGUUCCACAAGAAAUCACUGUAGCGUUGUUAAAGAGGGCGAUCGAAGAGAGUUAUAAAAAGGGUAAGAAGAACUUUUUGGUCGAUGGCUUCCCAAGAAAGAUGGACCAGGCGAUUACUUUUGAAAAGGAAGUCACGCCAAGCAAGUUUGUAUUAUUCUUUGAUUGUCCAGAGAAAGUCAUGCUGGAAAGAUUAUUGGUCAGAAGCCAGACUAGUGGUAGAACAGAUGACAAUAUUGAAUCCAUUAAAAAGAGAUUUAAGACUUUCAUUGACACAAGCCUUCCCGUAGUUGAAUAUUUUGAAGCUCAAGACAGAGUUGUUAAGAUUCGUUGUGAUCAACCAGUCGAUCAAGUGUACAACCAUGUUGAAAACGAAGUGAGUAGAAGGUUAGGAGUUAAAUAA